ACAACAAUCACGCACGCUGGCACUGUUGGUGUGCUUUCGGAGAGUCGGCUAAAGCUGAAUAUCUUCGGCGCGCUCAACUUUGAGUCUCCCAAAUCAACACUUCUACUGAUUGCCAUAGCCGAAACCAGUCUCAAGUCGGAAUUCAUACGAGAUACAUCAGCUGGUGCUGUUGCUGGAAACGACGUUAGCGUCCAUCGGUGGUGUGUGGCAACGCGUGGUAUUCGCUCAAAAGUUCAGUGGACAUCUAGUCGUCGGGCGUGUGACACCUGCAGAAUCCGAAGGAAGGGGUUUGGCGUUGUGCAAAAGAACAACUGGUCUUUGAAGGUUUUCGUCUAAGGAUUGAUCAAGAUCGUUCAGCUUCUACACGUUCAACCAUGGGCCGAAUUGGUGCAAUCUGCCUAGCCAUCUUUGCAGUAUUACUUUCACUCAUAACGCAAGUAGUGGAAUCCACCGUUCAACCUAAGGCACCAAAUUUCCAGUAUUUUGAAAGGCCCAAAUACCGAUACCCGUACUAUGAUGAACAAGGCCGCGGAAAACUGCUCUACGGCUACGGAGGUCCCGAUCUUUACCAAUACAAGAGCUACUCCCCACUGGACGGAAUUCAUUGACAUCCGCAAUGAAAUUAGGCUUAGUCAAUUAGUCAACUUUAAGAAGCUUUGUACAUAAGAAAAUGAAUAGUUAGUUUUACGCGAGACGAUGAUUCCUUUAUCGUUUUUCAGUGGCCGGAGCGCAGCAAUUUUGAAAGACUUACUUUAAAUGCAGUUGAUUUGUACCCAGUAACUAAACAUAUUAAUAAAAAAGAAAAUGAAUAAAUCUUUUA